AUGGUGUCUGUGCUGCUGCUGCUGCUGUCACUCCUGGGGCCUGCCUGCGCCUGGCUGCCGAUGGAAGCCUGGGGUUCUGGCAAUGUAACUGCAUCUCUCGAUGACACAGGAAACUGCAUCUGCAAAGUGUUUCUACCUGACUUAGCCUUCCCAGCUGACCGGUUGGACAGCAUGCAGAAGAUAUCCAAAGAGCUGAUGGUAGACGUGGAGAUAGAAAUAAAUAAGCUUGUUACCUACAAAGGCAAACUGGUGGCCUUGUUGGAAGAACUGUCGAACCUCACUGUGCGUGUGGAGAUUCUGGAGAGCGGGCCUGACAAGUACAUUAAACUGGAGUUCGAGCUCCUCAGGAUCGAGCUGAGAGCUUUUGAAGCGCUGGUCUCGCAGCUGAAAACAUCUCUCAACUCCUCCUCUUCCUUGUUUGACAGCCUGUACUCUGAGAUCCACAACAUGACCCUCAUCGUUGACCAGCUAGAGAGCUAUGACAAGAGCAACCUGGAGGUGAUCCGCAUUGAGUUCAGCAAACUGCAAAAGAAGCUGGAGGACUGCCAAAAGCUGGAGGAAGACAACACCAGACCAGAGAUUGGGUCCUGCAAGCAUGGAGGUAUAGCCAGCCUCAGCAAGCCCAUCAUCAGCCAGCUGAACGCUCACAUCAGCAACAGCUACAUAUAUGGUGGCUGGGGGAAAGACUCUAAGCCUCUGCCUGGCUUUGAGUCAAUGUACUGGUACUCAGGACAGACAAGCACUGUAAUGACUCACAUUAACCUGUACUCUGACUAUUACAAAUUGAUUUUAAGAAGUGCAUUCAAGUCACAUGCAUACAAAGAUUAUCCCAAUAAUGGUUUUCGAGGUAGUGGCAAUAAUUACAUUGUGCAUGCAAACCAUUUUUAUUACCAGUGUUACAACACAGCCAGCAUGUGCAGGCUAAAUUUGACCUCUCUGACCCAUGAGGCCAGAGUGCUGCCUCAGGCCAGCCUCCGGUUCUCAUACAGCUACUCCCCAGAUCAGAACUUUGACUUUGCAGCUGAUGAGAGCGGCCUGUGGGUGACUUACGGCACAGAGAGCUCCAAAGGCAACAUGGUCAUUGCCAAAAUAGACGUAAAUGCGUUUGGGGUGGAGCAGGUGUGGGAGACCAGCGUGUUCAGACGGUCAGUGGGCAACGCCUUCAUGGUGUGCGGAGUUCUAUACGCCACCCGAUCAGUCGACAUUCACACAGAGGAGAUCUUCUACUCCUUCGACACCCGCUCAGGCCAGGAGAGAUACCUCAGCAUUCCCUUUGAGAAGUUCCAGGAGAAUUACGUCAACCUGGACUACAACCCCACCGACCAAAAGCUCUACAUGUACAACAAUGGCUACUAUGUGUCCUACCAUGUGAAGUUUAAUAAGGAGAAUCAGGUGAGGGGGCGUCUCCAGCUGGCACCGUGGAAGGAGAACGGGACGAUUGCUGAAACCUCUGACGCUCGGGCCACUCGGCCUCUGACGUCACGCCCCAUGGGCGCAGGCUCCUCUAAGGUGCGCGGAGAUGAGCUGGCCUGUCAGCAGAAUCAGGGAGCCGUGGACAGAGAUUUCUCUGAGGAGCAGGCUGAGCCUUUGAGAGCGGAGAUGUGGGCAAGGCAGAAGAAGCCGGUAGCAGCAUGA